GAGGCUCCCCCUUAGCAAGAUGGCAACGGGGGCGCGAGGCGUGACGUCAGACGGCGAGAGUAUGACGACACCGACGCCGCCGCCGCCGCUUGUGCUGCUGCUGCUGCCGCCGCCGGUGGCGACGUCGACGACGAUGACUGCGCGAGACGAGGAGGGCCCGGGCUGCGAGAUGGCGGAGGGCGGCGCUGCGGACCUCGCGACGCAGAAGGGCGACAUCGGCGCCCUGCUCAAGACUCCGCUCAAGAAAGGCGACACAUGGUACCUGGUUGACUGCCAUUGGUUCAAACAGUGGAAGAAGCAUGUGGGAUUUGACAGCUGGGAAGUCUACUCUGCAGCUGACCAGAGCACCUAUCCAGGCCCCAUCGACAACUCUGGUCUCUUCAAAGUUGGCCCAGACGAGAACUUGGAGGGGCUUAAGGAUAAUUUGAUCGAUGAGCUGGAUUACAUUCUGGUGCCCACAGAGGCUUGGAGGAAGUUGGUGGAAUGGUAUGGCUAUACAGCUGACCAAGAGCCCGUCGAAAGGAAGGUAAUAGAAUAUGGUAUGUUUGUCAAGCACUGCAAGGUAGAGGUGUACCUCACUGAGCUUAGGCUUUGUGACAACAGCAACCUGGAUACGGUGGUGAACUGGCAGUUCAGCAAGGCGGAUACCAUUGACACCAUAGAGAAGGAAAUGAGGAAGUUGUUUCAUAUCCCUGAAGAGAAAGAGACACGAUUGUGGAACAAAUAUAUGACCAACACGUACGAGCCCCUCAACAAACCCGAAAAGACCCUCCAGGAUGUGGGACUCUUCCAGGGGCAGGUUUUGGUAAUAGAACAGAAAAAUGAAGAUGGAACUUGGCCAAGACAAUCGCCUACUACCAAAUCAGAUAGUGCCGACGCAACUGAGAACGACACCCCGUCGCCAAAGCCCUCCUCUUCUCCCUCUGUGCCCACCCCCUCUAUCCCACCUCCUCCUCCUCCCCAGACUACCUCGGCUCUCACGGCCAGAUUCUCGUCAGCCCGAGUCUCGAGCAGCAGUAGUAGCAACAACUACAACUCGAGCUACAACUCGUACAGCGGGCGCGGUGGAACAAGCACGCCGGGUCUUUGUGGCCUCAGCAACCUGGGGAAUACUUGCUUCAUGAAUUCUGCUUUGCAAUGCUUGAGCAACACGCCACCUCUCACCACCUACUUCCUGGAGGAUGCAUAUCUGAAGGAGCUCAACCGUGACAACCCGCUGGGCAUGCGUGGUGAGAUCGCCUGUGCCUACGCCGAUCUUAUCAAGCAGAUGUGGUCUGGGAGCUACUCGUCCACCGUGCCACGCUCCUUCAAGACGCAGGUAGGCCGCUUUGCUCCACAGUUCUCCGGGUACCAGCAGCAGGACUCGCAGGAGCUGCUGGCCUUCCUCUUGGAUGGCCUUCACGAAGAUCUCAACCGCAUCCGCAAAAAGCCCUAUGUGGAGCUCAAGGAUGCAGAGGGCCGAGAUGACAAGGUUGUGGCGCAAGAGGCAUGGGACAAUCACCGUAAGCGGAACGACUCCAUCAUCGUAGACAUCUUCCACGGCCUCUUUAAGUCGACACUCAUUUGCCCCGAUUGCGCCAAGGUCUCUGUGACCUUCGACCCCUUCUGCUACCUCACCCUGCCGUUGCCCAUCAAGACGGAGCGGGCUGUGGAGGUCACACUCGUUUGGCAAGACCCCAAGUCCAAGCCUACCAUGUACAGAGUGGUGGUGCCCAAGAUGGGCUCUGUCUCCGACCUUUGUGCUGCAUUGGGCCUGCUCGCUGAUGUCCCAAAGGAAAACAUGGUAGUAACAGACGUGUACAAUCAUCGUUUCCACAAAAUCUUCACUAUGAACGAGCCUCUAAAUGGCAUCAAUGAUCGAGACGACAUCUUUGUAUUCGAGGUGGCGGACGAGGACACAGCCCCCGACCACGUGCACGUGGCCGUGUACAUGCGAGAGCGCAAGACGUCACGCAGCGGCUACAGUUCGAGCUGCGCCAGCACGUCGCUCUUCGGGCUGCCGCUACUCGUGUCUGUGCCGCGCAGCACCACCACCCUGGAGGGGCUCUAUGAGCACCUCACUCAAUGCAUGGAGCGCCACAUUAGAAAACCAGAUGACGAGGAGGAAGAUCAUGGACAUCAGGAGCAGAAUGGCACACACUACCCCCACAACUACAAAUGCAAUGGCUCGGAACACAUGGAGGAUGACACGUCCAAUCAGGACGUUCCUUCAAGUACAGUCACGGGAGACCCGGAGCAGGAGCUUGCUUCCGAGUCGGAGAGUGAUGCGGACCAGCAGAUAGUACCAUCCAGACCCAAGGAUAGCACAAGGGCGGUGCCAACGUACACAGCAGUAAGCACGGUCGACGGAGACUCUGACACGGAGGCGUCUCCCGAGCGGGGGGAGAGGGGAGACGGCGAGGGCUGUGCUGAUGAGUCGCAGCUGGGCGGAAAAGGGCAGCGAUGCGGACACAAGCGACGGCCCCUCUUCAGCAUCCACCCCGUCAACUCCUAUGGCAACACAGAGAACCACGCCAUCACAGACGACGGCAAGCCCAUCAAGUUCCAAGCGAGAACCUAUCUGGCUUUAGAAUGGGAUUCUGAGACGAGAGCACGAUUUUACAACAACAAUGUGGAUAAGGAAUUUGAAAAACAUGACAGCAUGCUAGCACAGCCGUUGAAGAAGAAGAACCCAGUGAAGCUUAAGGAAUGCAUCGAGCUGUUCACGACCAAGGAGGAACUGGCAGCCACGGAUCCAUGGUACUGUCCCAACUGCAAGAAGCACAAGCAAGCUACCAAGAAGUUUGACCUGUGGGCAUUGCCGAAAGUUCUGGUGGUGCACCUGAAGCGCUUCUCGUACAACAAGUACUGGAGGGACAAGUUGGAUACCCUUGUGGACUUCCCUAUCCGAGACCUAGACAUGUCGGAGUUUGUGAUUGGAACACAGGAUGUUCCGUGCACCUAUGACCUCAUCGCGGUGUCUAAUCACUAUGGAGGAAUGGGUGGAGGCCACUAUACUGCUUAUGCGAAAAACAAGGGGGAGAACUCCUGGUACUACUUUGAUGACAGCAGUGUUUCCUCCUCGGCUGAAGAUCAGAUUGUGUCGAAGGCUGCGUACGUGCUCUUCUACCAGCGGAGGGACAACCUCAAGCGUGCUCUGGAGGUCUCGGCAUCCUUGGGCGUCCCCGAGGAAAACCACGAUUCGCAGGACAACAGACACGUUACCAGCGGAGAGGAGGAUGCCAUGGACAACAUGGACAACAUGGACACAAACUAGGCCCAGCUGUGUGCACAACCAACGGGUUCCCUCACAGGACGCAUUGGCAUGUUCGUAUCGAGCGUGGAAGUGUGAUGUGUGCCUGCCUAAGGUGCAUCCAGGUAGCGGUCAACCACCAACCUCUCUGUCUCCUACCAACUUUAUAACCCCUUUUAAAGGUUGUGCCUUUUAACAUCGUUUUAAAAAGAAAACACCCGUCUCACUCGUACAUCCCAAAAAUGUCCUACUGCUAAAUUCCCUUUUGAGCAAGUGGCUGACAUGCCCAGCCUCGCGCAGCCAGCCAGCCGCCCCCCACGCCCCUGCCAGAGCAUGCACGUUCACGCAUGGUCUCACGCAUGGUCUCACGCAUGGUCUCACGCAUGGUCUCACGCAUGGUCUCACGCAUGGUCUCACGCAUGGUCUCACGCAUGGUCUCACGCAUGGUCUCACGCAUGGUCUCACGCAUGGUCUCACGCAUGGUCUCACGCAUGGUCUCACGCAUGGUCUCACGCAUGGUCUCACGCAUGGUCUCACGCAUGGUCUCACGCAUGGUCUCACGCAUGGUCUCACGCAUGGUCUCACGCAUGGUCUCACGCAUGGUCUCACGCAGGGAUGAUGGUGCCCGUUCUUUGAUCAGUUUUCCAGGCAUAGCACACACUAGCUUCGCUUCAUUUUGCCAUGGGGAUAGUGGUUUGUCCUUUUUCAUUAUUAUUUUUACCACUUGCGCUGUUUCCAAAUUGCAGCCUUGAGUAAAUCUGGGGUGGCCUAAUUGUUUAAUAGUGUUAGGUAAGCCACUUCCUCAUACUUGCACAGAAUUAACUUGUUUUGUGUGAUUUAGUGGAUCUAUCAGUGAUGCAUAACUGAAACAGUGCAUAUUGAUUCACUGGCGUGAUAAUAAAGCAUUAGUUUUGCAUAAUAUUGUUACUUUUUGGUGGCCUAUCAUAAGGGCUCGAAUGGAGUGGACGGUAGGCAUAAAGGCACUUGGCCUGUGAUCCUAUAGAUAUUGAGUUCUGAUUUUAUAACUUCUUCCAAAUUUUCAGUUGAGAGACACCACCUAGAGGUGUUGUUUCCAUGAGUCGAUAAAUGAUUGCGUUUCAUGAAGAGGCCAUAUUCUUGCAACUUUUAGAUACACAAAUCAAAGAGGAGUUAUUGUGGCUGCUAUUUAACGGUGCUCCUACAACAAGGCCCUGUUCAUCCCGAGUGACUUGUGGAGCCUUGUAAUGAAACUCCACCCAGGUGUCUGUUUCAUAAUUGUGACGUUGCCACGUCAUAUUUUUAUCGUGGCUAUAAAAUAGUACUGCAUUUAAUCUGAUCAUUAAGUUUAUUUGGAAAAUGUAAAUUCAGAAGUGCGGUUUUUAACAGGCAAAGGAUGAUACAUAGGUUUUUAAAAAGUACUGUUUAUAAAAUUAAAUGGUGAAGAUUUCAGGAAACUCGUGCGUGUGGCCAGAUGUCCUUCAAGUAAUAUCAGAUUGUCGUGAUGAAUAUCAAACUAAUAGCACCAGCCGUUUUUCUUGUUUGAGUAACAAUAAAUAUAUGCUAGCGUGAAGAAAUUGUAUAUGCUGUAUAUUGGAGUUUUCAUGUAAACUGUUGUACAUUAAUGGCAUGGGGUUUUUAGCGCAGUUGUGUAAAUACAGUAACUUUAUAACCAGGAGAGUGCACAUUGACAAUGGGCAGUACUGACACUGAACUCGAUUUUGUGUCAUCUUAAUACUUCAUUACGGUUGGUACAGGUAGUCAGGAAUUUUAGAGAAAUGUCUAAAUAAACACGCUUGAUUUCACACCACUGUACCAGCCAGAAUGAGGCUUCGUUUGUGUGGACAGCCCAUGCAUCGUGCUCACAGCAUGUUAGUGUGUGGAUAAAAGUUUGAAUUGCACUGUACUGGUGUGUUUUUAAUGUUUGGGUGACAAGUUGGUUUUUUUCUUUCCCCCUUUCCUAAAAAUGCAACCCGAGAAUCCACACGAGCGCUCACUUGGCGCACUCGCGUGACCUCGUGUGUGUGUGUAACCCAUGUGUGCGCGCCAGGGGGCUGCCGUGCUGGGGUUGUUGACUUUUCCUGGGUUGGGCGAGGAGGUGAGGGGCAUGAUUUCUGUGGGCACACAUCGAUUCACGCGGUAAAUCCGCGUUUGUUCUGUAAACUUGAGACAAAAAAUGCAGUGGAUUCUAUAUGGUUGGUUUUCAAACGAUAGCUGUGAUUUACGUGACAUUUUACAAAGCUACAAAUCCGACAAGAUGAGAACACGAAUAUUAAAUGUUAGUGCGUCCUAUUCCACUGUAGUUGUUCAAGUUUACAGGAUAUUUUGACGAUUUAUGGAGUGUUGAAUAAAAAUUACCUGCAGGAGAAGUUUUUUAAUGAAAAUACUGUAAUCAAGGUGGGAAAUUAUCCCUUCAACGGACGCUAUAGGAAACUUCACCCAGUAAUAUUCGGCAACCUUUAGUCUGGCGCUAGCAAUACAUUUCUAGCAGCAAAAUUUGACGCGAGCACUGCAGACGCUUGAAUUUAAGUUCGUCUGCCACAGUAAGUGUGGAGGAUGUGGGGUGCUGGGAGUGGGUGCAGUGCACUGUGUGGAACGGAUGCCAAAUCUGCAUGGAUAAGUGCUGGUGUUGCCUGCCUGCACAAAAAUAAGCCUUUCAGUGGGCAUUGAUUGUCACUGACGAUUGCUUUUAUGUUCUUUUUAAAUAAAUUUGAGAUGAAACACUGA